GGACAGUCAAACUUUGAUGGUUCAACUUUCCUCAGCUGUUCACAUCUCACAACGAUCGAUCAAUGGAUAUUUUACCUUUACUUUGUAUUGUCUCUGCGGCUUUUACAGGUUUAACCAAAGGAGCUGGUGUGUUGCCUGAUGUUCUGAAUGCAGCUGUGGGAGAGACGGUGAUGUUCACCACAACACUGACUCCACCAGAGAAACCAUUCCUAUCAGUGGGCUGGACAUUUGGUGAAAAAAAUAUAAUCACUUUUAGUGGUUUGAAUGUAACUGCACCAGAGUAUGAAGGCAGGAUCACCCUCUUCAUGUCUACUGCGUCUCUUGAGCUCAGAAAUGUGGCUCUACAUGACAGCGGAGAAUAUAGCGUUAUCAUUUUUCCACUUGGAGAAGAAUUUAAGACAGGGAACACAAGGCUGAAUGUAUAUGAGCCAGUUUCCAGUGUAAUGGCAACAGCCAGCAGCACAGACUUGGUGGAGUUCAACAGCUCCGUCCAUCUGUCCUGCUCCUCCUCUGGAUCCUCUCUGUCUUUCCUCUGGCUGAACGGCAGCUCUGAGGUUACAGCCAGUGACAGAGUUCAGCUCACUGAUGGAGGCACCAUUCUCACUAUAUUAGACGUGACCCGCUACGACCAGGGACCAUUCAGGUGUCAUGUGUCCAAUCCUGUCAGUGAUGGCACCAGUGAUCCAAUAACCUUCUCCAUCAGCUAUGGCCCAGAAAAUGUUAUUUUAACAAUAUCUCCGUCACGAGAAUACCAUGCAGAAGGGUCAAACAUCGACCUGAUGUGCUCAGCUGACUCCAAACCUGCUGCCCAAUUUAAGUGGCUUCUGAAUGGAGUCCUGCUGUCUGAUACUGGACCACAGUUCAAACUGAUGAACAUUCAGAUGAGUCACAGUGGGAACUACAGCUGUCAGGCCUUUAACAGCAAAACUCUGAGAUAUGAAUCAUCUCCACCUGCCAUCAUCUCUGUACUGAAGAGACUAUCAGGUGCUUCAGUUACAUCGUCAACAAACGUGCCGAUUGAAGGAAACUCAGUCAACUUGACCUGUGACGCUGCUGGCUAUGUCUUUACCAGAAAGUGGAUGAAGGAUGGCUCAGAUCUGAUCCUGUCUGACAACAUAAUACUUUACGAUAAGAACAGAGUGCUGUCUUUUAAGAGCCUGACCAAAAAAGACAGUGGAGAAUAUUCCUGUACAGUCAGCAACCCCCUCAGCAGCGAUGAAGCUAAAUACUCCAUGGAGGUCAACUAUGGACCAGAAAAUGUUCAAAUCACAGGUCCAAGUGAGAUACAUCUGACAGAGACCUUCACUUUAACCUGCUCUGCUGAGUCCAGACCACCUGCCACUUACACCUGGAUGCUGAAUGGGAUAAAAAUACACAAUUCUGCUGUGUUCACUAAAGACAACAUUCAACAUUCUGACAGUGGCAUCUACACCUGCGAAGCGAUGAAUGACGUAACUGGAAGAAAACUGUCUGCAGACCAUGAACUGUCUGUAACAGGAGCUCCAUUAUUUAGAGGACAGGUUUGACAAGAACAAAGGUGGGGCUGUCCAACCUGGGCCACAAAAUGACACAUCAGAAUAUGUCAAGCUCCAAGUGAACAACAGUCGUCCUAAAGCGUCCUCACCUACUUCCUAUGACGACCACCAGGCGCAACAGAAGGGAACAGCUCCUCAGCCUCCUAAUGCCACACA